GUGACCCUCCCUUCUCUCUUCCUUUCUUCCCCCCUGCAACUUGUCUCGUCGAACGACAAACUUCCAUCGUGACGAUCCGUCGCAUAUUGCAUUGCUGCAGUCAUCCAUGGUCCGUUCGGCCUGAUAUAAUUGAUAACCCUCGACUACUUAUAUCUGCCGUUCCACCUCGACUCAUCUAAAGAUCAUAUACUCUACACUAUACUAUACAUAUAGUGUAUGAACAUAUACUAUAUCUAUAUAAGUGUAUAUUUUAUACAUCUAUAGUAUACAUUUAUAGUAUACCAUGGCACACUUCCAACAAACCAUGCUCCCCGGCUCCCAAUGGAUGCCUCAGAAUCAACCAUGUUGGAGCGCCUCGACCUUUCGCGACCUGAUGCAGGCCAUUCCACGACCAAACCGUCACGCCAGUCGCAUCUCCAAGCCUCGAAGUGCGGGUAACAGUCCAUCGUCGUCGACAGCCAGACGAACCGCCCAGUAUCAACCACCUCGCCCAGCAUCGGCGUAUAACGCCGCCCUGUUGGCCGCGUCCAUGCGCAGACCAACGACUCGCCCGACAAGCUGGCACCCCGCAACCUUCGACUCUUCCGCCUACUGCCCUCCUGCUCCUGCUGCUUCCCAGUACUACGCAACCCCUACGACAUCCGCCUCCUUUGGAGAUGCAACCAUGCUCCCUCAGUACGCGCUGUCCGGAUCCUCCUUCCCCGCCAUGCCCGAUUCCGCCCCCAUGGACGAUGAAUCCUUCCUGCAACAGCAGCACAUGGCCACCACCACCAACACUACCGCCAACCAGAUCGAUCCCAUGGCCGCCGCAUGGGAUAGUGGAGCCCUCACCCAACCCAUGCCCGACAGCUGGUCCUUCGACAUGAUGUCCAUGACCCACAGCAUCCCGUGUGCCGACCUCGCGCCUCCCAGCUACCCCAGCGCCCCUUCGUCAGCCUGUCUGACCGGUGCGCCCUCCACCCCAGACGGCCUCUUCGACCAGCCCUCUUUAUCAUUUUCUUCUCCUGUGCAGAACGGAGACGACAACGAGCCCGGCGACGAGCUCGUCGGCAUGGGCCUCUACAGCAACCCCGACGCCCCGCUCAGCAGCCUCUGCGGCAAGGGUCUCAAACUCGAGGAGACGUUCACGCCAUCUGACUCGGACGACAAGGACGCCGAAGCAGAUGAUGAUGAUGACUCCGACGACGAGCCUCAAGAGCAGACUGUACCACCGCACAGCUCAAAGCCGCCCCCCAAGCCCGAAAACGCGGGCGCGACCAUGGCCCAGAAAUCGUUCUUCGAUCAAGACUUUGCGCAGCCGGUUGUUGGGGCGCAGCAGCUCUUUAAUCUGGCUCAGCCUUGCAUGAAUUACGGAUAUGGGUGGAUCUAGGCUCGCCUUUUUCAUUCUUUGCAUUUCAUUUUUGCUUUGGUGGCUUUCUUCUUGAUUUUUUAUCCAUUAUUAUGUUGUUUCAGCUUGUUAUUCAGUCGCAUAGCACGGAGUUUGGGUUUGGGUUUGGUUGCAUUGACGAAUACCCGAGAGGAUUACGAGAUCACAUAUUAUACACGAAAUGAAUAGAAUCAAC